CUUGUCCUCCCAUAACACAGACAGAGGGACAGGAGAGGAGAUCUAGCAACAACAUUAACCAGCUGGAGCACAUCAGUGGAUGUACUUGAGUGCAAGAGGAGUGACUGUCUCUGCCUCUGAUUGUCACAUGUGCUCACUGUAGUUGGAGGGGAAAGUCAGACUAAGUGUUGGCAACCAGUAGCCGAGCGGCUGGUCAAUCCUGGACCAUGAAGCUUAGUGUGGCGUUGUUCUUUGCAGGGCUCUUCGGGGCGUUGGCAGCUGUGUUCAUCCUCCUGUCGUUUGGAACUGAUUACUGGCUGCUGGCCUCAGAGAGCUGCCCCGUGAACGGAUCUGUUGACUUGGGCGGUGUGACUGUAGAGCGUGGAGAUGUGGUGGUGCAGCAGGACACAAGGGAUAUCACUCUUUACCAUGAGGGCUUUUUCUGGAGGUGUUCAUUUGGAGGCAGCAUGGGUGAUGAAGACCUGAUGUGGAAGCUCUGGUUCACAAAUCAGCCUCACUCAAAAGUGUGCAUGCACGCCUACCUCUUCCCGUUCCCUGUGUCCCAUCAGACCCACAAUGCCACAGAGUACGACACAGCCAUAAUCUACAGAGGCUUCUGGAGCAUCUUUAUGCUCAUCGGUGUGGCGGCUGUGGUCCUCGGUGGGUUCUUCAUCAUCUGUGCUGCUCCGUUCGCCAGCCACCACUUAUAUAAAGCAGGCGGCGGCCUCUUCCUGGCAUCUGGUCUCUUCCUGCUGUGUGUGGUGGUGAUGUACGUCCUGUGGGUGCAGGUGUUAGACGUGGUGGAUGCCUACAUAGACCACCAGAGCUCUAUGUGUCCGGGCUUUCAGCUGUCCCUCACAUAUGGUCUGUCCUUCAUGUUCGCCCCCAUCGGCAUCUUCUUCUGCUUCCUGUCCGGCCUUCUUUUCCUCCUCAUUGGUCGAACCAUCCGAAUUCAUUACCACUGACUUUAACUGGCAGCAGGUUAGAGGAGAAGAGGGGGCUUGAGAUGGUUGGAGUGUUUUUCCUUUAAUAUAUUCCCCAGUUUGUCUGCCAUGUAAAGCAGGACUCUGUAGAUACUACGUGGAAGCUCUGACUGUGAUGUGAAUGAUCUGACGGUCUUGAACACUUUGUUCCAGGAUAAAAACAUUGCAACCUCUGUUGAGUUCAGAAAUAGCAUCAUAGUCACUCCAGCCUGAGCUACUUUUAAUUCAGCUAUGUUACCUACAGUUCUGUGCAAGCCUGAUCACAUCCUGUAUUAAUAUCUGUGGUGCAUAACACUGUUGUUUGACUCUUGUGUGUUGAUGGUCGUGAGGAUUAUGAAUGUAUGUUUGUAUGUAUAAAAUUCAAAAGGAUCUGCAAUCAAAUGUUGAUCAGGAAAAAUUCUGAUAAUUUAAGCAUUUUUUUGUUUGCUCGAGGAUACGCUGAUGAGUUAAAAAGAUAAUGUUCACUGGUUAAACUAUUGUUUCUGAUAUAUUUUUGGCCUAAUACAGUGUUUUAGAAAAUAAUCUAGAAAACAUGUGUAGUGAAAAGCUUAUGAAGUGGCAUGAUCAUUUAUAUAUUCUGUAUAUACAGCGAUGGGAGUCAGUGUUAUUGGAACAAACACCUGAACAGCAGCUUUUUCUGAAGUUAAUUAUAGGAUAAGGCUGAUGAUAUUCUACAUUUUUUGUUAGUGUCUAUAAGUUCUGUGGAAAAAAAAACCCAAAACCAAUAUUUCCAACUCUGUGGCACUCAUCUCCAAACCCAUUCAUUUAUACUUUGAAAAGAGAUCACAUAUAGAAACAGUUCCUAAAGACAGUCAAAUAAAUUCCUUGCUGCAGCUGGGUACUGUAGUUUUUAGCACACAUUACUCAAAUAGGAGUAAAUACUGCAUUUGUUGGGACUAUUUUAAGCUGAGGACUAAUAUAGGCUACAUUUAGUGUUCUGCAAACCAUGAAUAUGUUAUAUUCGCACAUUUUUUGCGUAUCAUGUCAAUGUUUUUAAAGUGAUGCAAUAUAGAAGUUCACUUUGUCAUUGUGAGGUAGAGAGGAUGGUGGAUGGUGACCAUCUAGGUGAGACAUCUGCCAAGCCGUAGACCACUGUUUGAGACCAACAAUACCAGCUGUUUUUUGUCGACCCUUCACAGUAUUUUCACUGAUAUAUGUGGCACCAAACCUGGGUGUUUUUAGCGGCACAUCUCAGUGUUCACCGGCAGUGUUUGAGCCACCAAACCUAUUUUUCACAGACCUGUCCCUGCUUUUCCAGCAGUUUUUGUGCCACCAAAAGUGGGUGUCAAAGCCAAAAUAUGAACUUUUCCUAAUCAUAACCAAAUAGUUCUUGUGCCUUAACCUAGCCACACCUCUGCCAUCACUUGUCAUAUUAUUUUCUGUAUGUUAAUUGUUGUGUUCUCUAUAACAUUGUGAGACUUUAACUUUUGGUGGAGGUGGAGGCUCGGUUUUCCGCCUCUCCCAGCACUGUAUACUAUAUUUAUUUAUUUUUUUGCAAUUUGUGUAUUCUAAAUUGUGGGGGAAAAAAGGAUUAUACUAUAACUAAACUCCUUCACCACCGCAUUGGUAGGAAAUGUAAAGUUUGUACAAAUGUAACAAAUCUGUGGUUUGCAGAGAUAUACAGUGCCAACAUUUAUAGUGGUGAUUGGGUUGAUAUGUGUAUCAACUCAGAGAAACAGGCUGCUUUAUAUCACACUUUGGCUACACAGACAUUUGUUGGUAGGUUCAGUUCACUGUUGGUGUUUGUCUCUUUUACAAAAAAUGAGAAUAUAAUCAACAUUAUCCUGUAAUAUAAUUGGAAAUAAAAUGCUUAUGUUUUUGCUUUCUCUGCAACAUUAUAUUAUUAUUUCUGUACAUAACCUGAAACUGUGCUGUUUUUUUUUUCCUGUUCUCGGUUCAGCACAAUUAAUUCUGUUUAUAAAUGGAGCUUGAAGCAUGAAUGACUUUUUAUGUUGAGUUUAUGUACAGUAAUUGUUUAAUGUUCAUGUUGAGUUCUGUCAUCUUCUAUGAUGUUAUAAGAUUCUGACAUAACAUCAUAUCUGUCUAAAUAAAUGGGUUAUGAGGUGAA